AUGGGUUCAAAUUUAACAGAAUGGAAAACCUACAUAAAUGCUGACCAAAUAAUCACCGCAGACGGAAUAAAAAAAGGAAAACCUCUGGAUAGAAUAUCAGUAAAGGAUCAUCCUUUGAAAAAUGUUACUGUUACAGAAAGAAUUCCCAGACGUAUUUUGGGUUCGCAACCCAGUACUGGAAGGACCACUCCUGUAUCAACACCUGCUUCUAUAUUGGAACCAUUAUCUUUGGCUUUAAACGGCUUGGAUCCUUUAACUGAGUUUGCUUUGCAAGAAAUGGAUCCGUUGUCCAAGAUGGCAGCUGAAAUGGAGACCUCGGGAACCCAAGUUAAAGCUGAAAAAACUAUAAAUGAUAAUUUAAAUAGUGGUAUGCAACCGUGGAGUGCAAGAAAGGCUAGUAUUUUAUCUAAAUUCACCACUUCAGAGAAAAUAUCUAUUGUUACAAGUUUUUUAUCUGAAGGGGACAAAGUUGUUGUAAAAGCUCAAAGCACAGCAGUAGACAAAAUCCAGCACCGUCUAGAACAGUUGGACUACUUUGAGGAGGGCUCCCAAAAAAAGUUUGAUUUAUCGCAGGCAGAAUAUAUUGGUAGAAUCGAACAGUUGAAUAGAGAAUUGGUUAUUGCUUGGAAUUCGGAGCAAAGAGUUAAAGCUCUUAAAAUAGCAAUACAAUGCGCUAAAUUGCUGGCCGAUACUGAUGUUUUGUCGUUUUAUCCUAGUAAAUUUGUUCUGAUUACGGAUAUUUUGGAUAUAUUUGGACAGUUGGUGUAUGAGAGAUUGAGAACUAAGGCUGAAUAUUACAAACCUGGAUCUAAGGCUGCCGCGGCUCUUCCAGAGGAUUUUAAACUUGAAAUGGUCCCUGAAACAGUCAAAGAAACGUGUUUGAACUGGUUUUAUAAAAUAGCAUCUAUAAGGGAGUUAGUGCCAAGAAUAUAUGUGGAAAUGGCUUUAUUAAAGUCCUAUAAUUUUAUUUCCAAUACAGAGUUAUCAGACGCACUUUUACGCAUAACAGAUAUGAUUAAUGGAGUAGGCAACCCGCUUGUAGCUGUAUAUGCAAGGUGUUACUUGUGUAGAGUUGGGUUGAGUGUUACCCAAAAAAAUCAUAACAAUGGAUAUUUGUUUAAUAACUUUAUAGGAUUUCUUGAGACUUACCCACAGCUUUUCAACAGAAGUGUUAAAUUGGACCUGAUAAAGCAGAAAGUACCAAAGUCCACGUAUAUGACUUUAUAUACCCCAGCUUUAGAUUAUAUUCUAGCUACAAUUGCUUGCAAUGCCAAUGAAAACGUUUUAAAUGAUUUGUUGUUUAGGGCAACUCAAUUGGGGAACAGCUCCUUAAUCUUGAACACUAUCAUGUCCGGUUUCAAGCCUUCAUUUAUCUCGGACAGAACCGUACAAUUCCUGGACAUGAUAGGUAAAUGUACGGACGACGGUAUACCUUUAUACGCACUGCUGCGCACUCUUGGCCUCUGCAUCACCAUAUGCCCGCCACCUUCCGAGCAAAGACGGCAAAUUCUGACGACCGUGUGGCGGCACAUUGUAACUCUGCAAAAGCCCGAAGAGUAUAUCAGUUGUGCGGAGGCUUGGGUGCAGUUUGUCGUGCAGAAUUUUGCGACAAGGGAAAUAAACAUGGUGUUUGGCGAUAUUAUAGACCACUUGACUCCCAAUAGGGCCUACGAAAAUCACUACAAGGAGUUGAAGGCUGUUAUUCAAAAAGUUUUAGCUCAAAUACAAGAUUUUGAGCUUUUACUUGCAAUGGACAAUUUCUUACGUCUCAUAGACUUAUUCCAGCAAGAGUCGAUACGCGUCGAGGUGUGCAAAAGCGUUCUAACCCAAUCGAAUAGCGACCUAAAAACAAACGAUCCGGUAGUCACCAACGCUCUAAUGUUUCUCUGCGGGGUUUUACACGAUUCCGUGAACGCUCUAACCCCCGAAGACGAGUACAAGCAAAUCGGGGAGAUUUUAUGCAACAUUAUCAGAAGGGUGGACUACGGCAGGGACUUUGAGCAACAGCUCAGUUUUUAUGUUGAGGCUAGGGGGGCGUUUUCCAAUAUCGAUGCUGUUUUGGCGCAGUUGAUUCAAUGCGUUAAUUCUCUAUCCGUAAACACAAGACAAAUAAUCAAAGGGAUGCAUACAAGAAAAACUGGUGAUUUUGUUAGAGCUUGUGCUGUCUAUUGUUUUAUAACGGUUCCUUCAAUUGUUUCUGUUAAAACCAGAUUGCAGCUUUAUCUUUUAUCCGGAAGGGUGGCUUUAUUCAACGAAUGUUUGGGACAAGCGGAUGCUUGUUUUAAAGCAGCCUUCAGUAUAAUUCCGGAGUUACAGGACGAUCACGGCAAAUGCGAAAUAUUCUUAGUCCCUUACAUAAAAGAAUUUUUGUCGACACUUGUAGUAGUACCCGAUAAUCCCGAGAGAGGCGUUUUAAGUCUUACAAGGAUUUUGCUGAACGUUUUGAGAUGCUUUGAAUGGAAUAAACAAAACGGGUCGCUAACAACUAUUUACAUAAGUGUUAUUGACAUGAUGUCCACCAUGAACCAAGAGGUUUAUCCCUAUCAUAUAGACAAAGUGGAGUCAAAUGACAGUAUGUAUGGUUCAGACCCAAAAUUUAUAUCAGAAGUGAACAAUAUUUGCUCAAUUUUGCUCGGCGAGAUUUUGACGCAGCUAAAAGAAAUGGGGCCUUGCAGAAGGCAAUCUCAGUUGGCCACCGAGUUGUUUAUAAGAGUUGUCACCAGAGGUGAUAUAAACUCUGCUAACAGAAUCACAUUGGCUUUGAAUUUGUGGCAACUAAGCGUUAAGAAUGGUUAUGCAGAUGUAAAGUAUAUGGCCAGAACAAAGAAUUACUUCCAAAAAGUUGCAGUCUCCAAAAACAAUAAAAUUUUACAGCAACUUGUGGAUAAACUGAACUUGUCUCAAUGA